AUGCUUCAGAUUCCAACAACAAUCCCCCAACAAGAAGACGAUGCCGCCAUUCUGCAUCCGUCGCCAUCGAGAUCGUCGUCUCCACCACCCUACCAACGAUCCGUAAACGACCAACAACGUAACGACUUGGAGGCUACCUUUGAUGAAUCUUUGGAUGCCAGCGAAACACAACAACUAUUGCCACAACCAGAAACGAGUUCUCAAACACAACAACACCAUCAUCAUCAUCAUCAUGUUGCACCCACAAACGACGGCGUGUUCAACAACAUCUCUGCAAAACCCGAUACGAGCAAGGAUGGCAGUAGCAGCAGUAAUGAGACACCCCCUGUUUAUGAAGAAGCAGCAGCUGAUACCACACCACCUUACUGGCAUACCGCAGUCGUUGCUCCCUCUGGUGAUGACUUUGUCUUGAUUGAAGGCUUACCUGUUGGCAAUCUGCUACAAUUUGGAUGGAAUCUUUGCAUCUCUGUCAGCUUCCAAUUCAUAGGAUUCAUGCUCACCUAUUUAUUCAGUACAACGCAUGCUGCUAGAAAUGGGUCCCGCUGUGGUCUAGGAGCUACCUUUGUCCAAUUUGGUUUUCUCAUGAAGAGUAAUGGUGUCCUACAGGAUGACGAGGAAGAGGAUUCAUCAGACAAUGGGCAAUCCGAUGUCAUAGCUUAUAUGCUGAUGGUGUGUGGUUGGUUCAUUAUCCUACGAGCCAUCGCUGAUUAUAUCCGUGUGAAGCGUCUUGAGCAAAUCAUAGCAACCCAACCCAGCGCAGCCAACCUUGUUUAA